GCAGCCUACACGGACUAAACUACAAUGACCAGCAUGCCCUGCGCUCCGCGCCCCCUCUUUUUCAGCCUCCCGGACUUGCGAGGCUCCACCGACCUGCUGACUGAAAACCGAUAUGGCGGCCACUCUGGGCAGCGGGGAGCGCUGGACCCAAGCUUACAUUGAUGCAAUUAGAAGAAACAAAUACCCAGAAGACAGACAACCUGGCAGCCAUGAUCCCUGUGGUUGCUGUAACUGCAUGAAAGCACAAAAGGAAAAAAAGUCUGAGAAUGAGUGGAAUCAGACCCGGCAGGGAGAGGGGAGUUCCACUUAUACAGAGGAACAGCUACUAGGGGUUCAAAGAAUCAAGAAGUGCAGAAAUUACUAUGAAAUUCUGGGUGUUUCUCAAAAUGCCAGUGAUGAAGAGCUUAAGAAAGCUUACAGGAAGCUCGCCCUGAAGUUUCACCCUGAUAAGAACUGCGCUCCUGGAGCAACAGACGCCUUCAAAGCAAUAGGAAAUGCCUUUGCGGUCCUGAGCAAUCCUGACAAGAGACUGCGCUAUGAUGAGUAUGGAGAUGAGCAGAUGACCUUCACUGCACCCCGAGCCAGAUCUUACCAUUAUUACAGGGAUUUUGAAGCUGACAUCUCUCCAGAAGAACUAUUCAAUGUCUUCUUUGGAGGACAUUUUCCUUCAGGAAAUAUUCAUAUGUUCUCAAAUGUGACAGAUGACAGUCACUAUUAUCACAGACGGCACCGACAUGAGAGGACACAGACACACAAAAGAGAGGAAGAGGACAAACCUCAGACUCCAUAUUCCGCAUUUGUCCAGUUGCUUCCAGUUCUGGUGAUUGUGGUUAUUUCUGUCAUUACUCAGCUGCUGGCUGCUAAUCCCCCAUAUAGUCUAUUCUAUAAAUCAACCCUGGGCUACACCAUUUCUAGAGAAACGCAGAACCUGCAGGUGCCUUACUUUGUGGAUAAAAACUUUGACAAGGCCUACAGAGGAGCUUCUCUUCGUGACCUCGAGAAAACAAUAGAGAAAGAUUACAUUGAUUACAUACAAACAAGCUGUUGGAAGGAGAAACAGCAAAAGUCAGAGCUGACCAAUUUGGCGGGGUUAUAUAGAGAUGAGCGACUACGGCAGAAAGCAGAGUCACUGAAACUUGAAAACUGUGAAAAACUUUCCAAGCUAAUUGGCCUCCGGAGGGGUGGCUGAAAGGACAAUGGCCGGCUCAGGAUGGGGGUUUCUUAAUCGUUACUAUUUACAUGGCAAAUUCCAUUUUAUAAUACACAUUAGGAAAUGAUGAACACUUACUAUCUGCUAUCUUUGUUGGGCAGAGCUACAGGACAUGGAGCCACACUUGUCACCCUCCAGUUCUUCCAGGCCUGGCCCCCAGGGCAGGGAUAAUUCAUCUAAGUUCCACGAAUGGGAAAGUUUGGACUCAGCUCCUCUGUGAAUGUAGAUCAGGGCAUCCCAGAGAAGACCCGUGUUUCCUCUUUCAUCCUGCCUGCAGCAAAAGUCACUCCCUAGAAAUUUCUAGUCUCAGCCAGUGCACUUCGGAGUUUGGAUGGUGUUUGCCCAGAAUUAUACCUCUCUCUGAUAUAAAGCCACCGUCCCCUAGUGUUCUGUUUUCCACUCCCUAAGGAGAGUGUAGAGAAAUUGAACUGUUUAGCCAAUAGUUUGGUGUUAUUCCAGUCUCUGUUGAGGCAGGAGCAUUAGCAAACUGCCUGAUUUGUGGUUUAUCUUUCUUUUUUGAAAGAAGGGCUCAUUCUGUAGCCCAGGCUAACCUGGAACUCACUCUAUAGUCCAAGCUGGCCUUGAAUUUGCCAUGACCCUCCUAAGUGCUGGAAUUACAGGCAUGAGCUACCAUUCCCAGUGAGGUUCCUUUGUCUCUUUCAGAGGGUCUUAAAGUAAAACCUGUUGAGCAGGCUGAAUGUGGUGGCACACACCUUUAAUCCUACACUUACAAGCAGAGGCAGGCCAAUCUUUAUGAGCUCUAGGCCAGCCUGGGCCACAUAGCAAGUUCCCCACCAGCCAAAGUUAUAUAAUCAGAUCUUGUCUCAAAAAGAAAAAAACAGAAAAUAAAAACCCUGUUGAGCUGUGAAACAGUUCCAUGGACAGUUGAGCAGCAGAAGACAGGGCUAAGGAAGGUCAAAUACCCCUGUAGACACUCAAGUCCAUUCCUGAACUAGAGAGCAUUCCCUGUGUCCUUCCCCUUUAAACCAUCAUUGAUUAUGGUAUGUCGUAAGCUGAACACAAGUAUGCAGAGAAGUGCAGUGGUCAAACCCAAGAGAAGGUUCAGACACAAAGGGAGGAGCCUGUCUCUGCCGAUGGAGGGCUGAUGUUAGCCUUAGCAGUCAGUAUCCUUCGAAUUUUAAUACAAGGUGAUCUUUCAUUCUUUCAAUAUUUAUGGAGUGCCUACUACAAAGCAAUGGCUUUCACUUUUUUUUUUUUAA